GUCGAAGGGCUUCGCCACGAUCCUCUUCCAAGAUGCUGAAGGAGCUCAAAAGGCUAUUGAAAAGUUCAAUGGUUACGAGUUCCAAGGACGUAAGAUGUUCGUUCGUGAGGAUCAAUUCUUGAAGGAGGACGGCACUUAUACUAGAAGCCGCAGAUCAAGCAGUCAGAAGGAAGCUGAUAAUGCCCCUACUCAAAAGGCACCGGUCGUCGACACCGAUGAUCGUGACGACUAA